AUGGGAAUUUGUGGCAAUUUGGCGGUGCCCGGGAAAUGCCUUGUCGUCCUCGGACUUAAAUUGUUAUUCCUUGUACCUGCAGGAGUUCCGGCAAGAAGCGGGGAUUCAGUACUAAAGGACAACAUCACCGUGAGACAGGGGGACAGCGCCGUCUUAAAGUGCAAUGUGGACAGCAAAGUAUCUCGAGUGGCAUGGCUCAAUCGCACCACCAUUCUUUUUGCAGGAAGUGAGAAGUGGUCUCUGGACCCUCGUGUCAUCCUGAUGGAAAACACAGCAGUCACAGAGUACAGCAUCAAGAUCCAAAAUGUCGACGUCCAUGAUGAAGGGCAGUAUGUCUGCUCAAUCCUCACAAACAAGAAGCCAAAAUCCACGAAAGUGCAUCUCAUCGUUCAAGUACCCGCCAGGAUCACCAACAUAUCGAAGGACAUCACAGUGAAUGAGGGCAGCAACGUCAAUCUUAUGUGCCUGGCGGUCGGUCGACCUGAGGCCAACAUUGUAUGGAAGCAUCAUUCACCAAGAGGCACUCAUAAAUUUGUGACGGCGGGAGAGCAUGUGGAGCUGACAGCCAUCACCAAAGAGCAGUCAGGAUCGUAUGAAUGCAUCGCUUCUAAUGACAUCUCGAGCCCCGAUGUCAGGACAGUGCAAGUCACCGUCAACUAUCCUCCCUUCAUUUCCAAAGCGAGGAGUACAGGUACUCCUGUCGGACAAAAAGGAGUCCUGCAAUGCGAAGCCUCUGCUGUCCCGAGGGCAGAUUUUGAGUGGUACAAAGAAGACCGCAGGCUCUUCAAUGGACUAAAUGGGGUCAAGAUAGAGAAUCAAGGCAAACAAUCGAUGCUUGUCUUUUUCAACGUCUCGGAAGAAGACUACGGAAACUAUACUUGCGUUGCCAUAAACACCAUGGGAAUCACUAAUGCCAGCAUAAUCCUUUACGGUCCUGGUGCGAUGCAUGAUGUGAAUGGGGCUGCGGUGUUGCCCCGUUGCUCCGUACCCCUCCUGCUGACUGUACCCUUGCUCUGCUUGCUGAAGUUCUGAUGUGAAAUAUGACAACCUUCAAGCUUCUCUCAGCAUUGAACAGCAAGAACAGACAAUUAGUCCUAUAAGAAGAAUGGA